AUGUCACAGAAGCGUCAAAAGAGCUUCAACCACCAAGUCCCUAAAUCUCACUGGCUUACGGAUGCUUGGACCAGAGCCUCCAGAGACUCCAAGGACUUCAGAGGUCCCAAAACCUCCAGAGAUUUCAGAGACCUCAGAGACCUCAGAGACUUCAAAAUUCCACAGACUCUAGAGAUUCUAGAGACUCCAGAGGCUCCAGAGCCAAUUCUUGAACAAGAAGAGAUCUCAGACUUGACCUCCCCGGAUGAGUCAAAAAUCGCUUCUAGCGAAGACUUUGGUAAGCCCAGCAAAGUUUUGACUGUUCGUGGAAUCAGGCCAAACGUCAGUAUGAAACAGCUAUUCGAGAGACUUGCGAAAUUCUACCCUGUCAACGUCAGACGCUACGUUCCCACUAGUGCGCAUGUCGAGUUCGUUGAUAUAGAAGCCGCUACCAAGGCUCUGAACGCCAUGCAUGGCACCUUCGUUGGGGGUAGAAUUAUCAAUUGCUUGUUCAAGAGCGAUGUUUCGGAGGAGAACCGAACAGAUGCCCGGACGGUCGCUUCUGAGCCACCAGUUGGUGGCUACAAGGAAGAUCUGUCGUCAACGCAUGGAAUGAAACAGCAUCAAGAUGCUCUUGUUCCUCCAACACCGAUCACAACCGAGGCUGUUACCGAAAUUCCGACAGAGAGCAUUAAACAGGAUGUUGUCAAAGCUCCGACAAAGAGUAUGAAACAGACUGUUAUCGAAAUCCCAACAGAGAGCAUAAAACGGGCUGUUUCCGAAGCUUCCACAGAGAGUACAAGACAGGCUAUUGUCGAGACUUCGAAAGAUGUCACAACAGAAGCUGUGCUAGAACCUUCUACAGAGACCACCGCGGACAGGCUAUCGCUUUCUCCAGAUCUAGACCUGCCAGAUCCGACGGCUCCAACCAGGACGCUUUCGAAGAUGCAGAAGAAGGACGAGAGAGUGCUAAGGAUACGCAAGGUUUUCUCGGGAGAACCAGCUGAGUCAACCAUCGACGCGCCAUCGAACCCGACCAAAGACCAAGAAGUGACCACGGCCGAGAUUGAAAUGUACGAUGGCCUCCAAAACAGUGGUGAUACAGAUGACAGGCCAAUUCACGAUUCUUCAACAUCUCAGGUAACGUAUAAUGACUUCGAGACAGACGACGUCAGUCUCUUGGAUGAGCCGACCGCUUCAGAUGGGCUCGGAUCAAGGCCACUCUCGUGGGCCGUACUGAUGAAAGAUUAUCCUAACCUCAUGAAACGUAGACGUCCGGAUGGUAUCAAACCAGAGAUCAGUCAACUUUCAACUAUUCCAGUUCCCGUGACUCACGCUUACUGGCUGCCAUAUCCUACCCAAAUCAAAAUCUUGCGCGGUCUACAGACCUCGGCUGAGCGAGUCUGUUUCCAGUAUCUGCAGCGCAAGUAUCCGGAGGUCUUGGAAGGAACGCCGACACAGUGGGGAAUCAAGAGUCCUCAUGAAUUGGAACUGAAUCAAUACAUAUCCAUACUGAGAACACUCAGAUUGUCUGAUUCAAAGGCUACCCUGAAAGGUGCUGGCAGCAAAACCGUACAAAGUCUGGGGCAUUCUAUGAUUCGGUUGCGUCAUGCAGCCGUUCACAGAUCGAGACACGAUAUCAAUGCCUUGCGUUUCUGGGCUGUUGAUACAUGUCGGCUUGCGGAGUUGUUGGGUGACCCAGAAGCAGCCAAGCAGUUUUCAGCGCUCAGGCUUUAUCUCAGAGCCCAGUAUCGCAACAUCAGCACUGAAAAGAUGAAGGCCGAGAGAAAACUGCUGAAUACACUCAAGGAGGUGACAGCAAAACGAGCUGAGCUGGAGCGUGUGGAACGAGAAGCUAUGGACGCAUUCGAGGAAGAUCACAAGCAGCUCCACAAGGCUAUCGACGCUAACAUUCCUUUGAACCCUGAAUUUGGCAUCAACUUAGAAGAGACAUCAUCGACCAAGCCUGCGAGCGGCAUCUUUGGCAGGAUCAAGGACUGGUUUGGUGCUUGA